AUGGGGGCCAAGUCUUCGAGGAUAGCGAGGAGACCUGCUGUCGUCGAGGCAAGGCGUAUUGCUGCCGAGUUCAAUGUGUCCGCUGAAGAUGUGCGGAAAACGGUAACGCAUUUCGUGCAGCAGAUGGAGGAUGGACUUGCCAAAGAUGGAGACACCAUGAUACCGUCAUUUGUUACCGCCCUGCCCACUGGAACCGAAAAGGGCGUUUGUCUGGCUGUGGAUAUCGGAGGAACCAAUUGUCGCGUCUGCAGCGUUGAGCUUCACGGAAACCGCACCUUUUCCAUUAAGCAAACGAAGGCCACUAUCCCCCAGAAUCUAAGGAUUGGGAGUACAUCUGCAGACCUUUUUUCUUUCAUUGCUCGCGAAGUGGAAGCGUUUCUGAAGAAGCACUACAGCAAGAGAUAUGAUGCACACAAAGCGCGGGGGCGCGACAGUCCAGUCGUUGAGAGUGAAUCCAUGCAGAUGGAUCACCUUCCUCUUGGCUUCACUUUCAGCUUUACCUUCCAGCAGGUCGCCAUUGAUAAAGGCAUCAUGGCCCGAUGGGAUAAAGGCUUCGACAUUCCGGAUACCAUAGGAAAGGACGUCUGUGCACUUUUGCAGGAACAGAUCGACAAGCUAGGUAUUCCUGUUCGUGUCACUGCGCUUGCAAAUGAUACUGUUGGAACGUUGAUGGCACGAUCUUACACCUCUUUGGGAGACGGAUCAUCCAUACUCGGCGCGGUCUUUGGGACUGGUACCAAUGGGGCUUACGUUGAAAAACGGGAGAACGUUACGAGACUUGGUCUUUCAGAUGAGCAAGCGAAUGACAUGAUUGUCAACACGGAGUGGGGUUCGUUUGACGAAAGUUUGACGGUCCUGCCGGAGACGCCGUAUGACAAGAAGCUUGACGAAGUCGAUAUCCACCCAGGAGAGCAAAUGCUUGAGAAACGCGUCAGUGGAAUGUACCUAGGAGAGCUCUUUCGACUUGCUCUCCUUAGCGUCUUGGAGAAGUCAGAACUUGGUUUUCUCAAGAGCUCCUCGAAGGGUCGCCUUUCCAAGGAUUCUCCGUUAUUCAAGCCCUACGGACUGGACACGAGCAUCAUGAGCACCAUCGAAGCGGACGAAACUACCUUGCUGUCAGUAACCCGACGUUGUCUCGAAAAGGAGUUUGGUCUUGCACGAGCUUCCAUAGAGGAUGCGGCCGUUGCCAAGAUUAUCGCUGAGGCCAUCGGGCGGCGGGCGGCUCGUUUGAGCGGUGCUGCUAUUGCUGCUGUCGUUGUCAAGACUGGCCGGCUCAAUGACUCGUCUGGAAAGGCAAAUUACCUGGAUGUGGGAGUAGAGGGUUCCUUGGUGGAACACUAUCCUGGAUUCGAAGAAAACAUUCGCGAUGCACUGCGAGAUGUUCCGCAAAUUGGGCUCGAGGGUGAGAGACGCAUUCGUAUUGGCCUUGCCCGGGACGGAAGUGGAGUGGGUGCAGCACUUAUCGCCAUGGUUGCCGAUAAGCAAAGGGCACAGGCAGUAAAGGCUGGUGCGAAUGGUGGGCUCGACGCGACGGGAAAGGGCCUUGAGGUUGUGGAAGAGAGGAAAUUAUCAGCUGCAGACACUGGCCCUGCGUCAGAGCAAUUAGUUUCUGCGGUUUGA